AUGGAAGCACUUGUCACCAAAGCUAGCUCUCAACUCGAAAAGAUUAAAGCCGCUGAAGGUGAAGUGAUAAGAGCAAGUGUUUCUAUGAAGGAGGCUUGCAAAGAAAGGAAUGGUGGAAUUCAAGAGUUUUUUCAACAAGUAAGGCAUGUCUUUGUUAUUCGUUCGAAUGAAAUCAAAGCAGCAAAAAUUGCCUGAUAUUACAAGAACCAAUUGCAAUUACGAGUAAUGAUCAAAAAAUGAAAUACGGUUUAUGCUGGUAGUUACUGAGAUAAAGAAUAAAAUGCACUCAAAGUGACAUGCAGAAGUCAGUGAUUCGAUCCACUCUCGAACUAGAUACGUAUAAGUAGAAGUAGACCUCCAGGAAAAUGAUUAACAUUGGAAUAACAGUAACUACUAGCUGCUGUUAAUAUUAAAAUAAAAGCAUCGGUGAGGGAUCAUAUUGUUAUUUGUUUUCAAAUAUCAGGCUGCUGAACGACAACAUGCAAAUUAUAUUAACUCUGGAGAAGUUUCGGGAAUAUGUGAGUGUGCUUUUUUUUUUCCUGACAGCUUCGUGACGCAAUAAAUAGCCGAGAGCAAGUUCUACUGGAUAAGCUGAUCAGUUUACAUCAAUCCAAGGAAUCCAUCCUCACGGGGCAGCUAGAACGUUUGCAAUUAAACAAAGCAUGUUUAGAGAGUGCAGUUGAACAAGCAAAAUCCUCCAUACAAUCUCCUGGCGAUGUUAACUUCCUUCUCAGUAGGCUGGCUAUAGUGUCCACUUUCGAGACAAAUCAUGAAAGCUAUACUCUUUAGUGCUUGAACCGGAGGCCCAGUUUUUACCUGAGUUUACAAAGGAAGAAAAGGUGAGAUUUCAAUAACUGUUUUAGUUCUAUCAACAGUUCGAGGCCAGACAACACACUUUUCUAUCCCGUCCCGAUUUCUGCUGGGUUCCCGAGGAUAACAUUGCUUAGUAUCAACCAAUUUGAAGUGAAUUUCGGUCAGGUAAUUUUUAGUGAUUCUUGUUAACGAUUGUUUGCUGAUGAGAUGUGAAUGGAUAAAAUAAAUAUGACUGAUCCUUUCAUCUUUGAGGCGGUUCUGAACAGUAAGCACAAGGUGCUCUUCGCGUUUCACUGUUCCAUAUUGUGAAAAAAGUUGAACUAAUCAAUAUAUUUUGCGAAAAUAGUUGAUCGAGACGUUUAUUUCUCAAUACAAACCUCAGAAUUAUUGUUGGCCGAAAUCGAAGUCUUAACUGAUCUUUUUAGUCUGUUUCCAGAUAGAAUACUAGAACUUAAUGCUAAACUCAGGCGUCGACUGUUACAAGAGGAAAAUAUUGUACAGGAGAAAAACUUUAAUGAAUUAACAUUAAUUUAUUGAGUUUCUCCCUUCAGCAGAGAAAUUCACUAGAUGUAAAAAAAGCCUCUCACCCCCUCCAAAGACUCUUAGGGGGUACAGUGAGAAGAUAGAUUGAAUCAUUUUGCUUUUCAGCCCUUCCGUUAUGAUGAUGUUACUCCCUUGAAACACACCUUUAACUUUAAAAAGGAGCCGGGAACCAACUCAAAGAUUAUAAAUCUGAAAUAUGGUUGUCGUAUCGGAAUAAAAUAAAGUCUUAAACAGCCCAACUACUGACAAAAAAAGUCGUAAAUCGUUUGUUAUUGAAAAUUAUAUAUUUUUUAACUUACUGCAAUAAACUCUUUUAGUCCUUUUUUGGCAUGGCGGGUUUUACAUUUGGCAAGAGUAUAGAGAAAGCUAUCCGGCAGAGCGCCGGCGACAUCAGUGACAGAUCAACUUGUGCAGCCAACUCUACUGCGACUGGCUUGGGAAUAAAAAGUGCAAACCUUGGAAAGAUAGCAAAAUUCACCAUUAUUUCUCGCGACAGCCAAAGCCGUCAACGCAAGCGAGGUGGUGACGUUUACGCGGUGAAACUAAAUAAGGGAGAGUGCGAAGUUAAGGUGGAUGUAAAAGACAAUGACAACGGGACGUACUUGGCAGAAUAUACUGUCCCUUAUCAAGACUUCCUUAGUGAUAUGAUAUUAAUGAAUGGUGGUCAGGGGAGGUUAGGUCAGUACACAUUGUCCGUGUGCUUGCGAGGUGCUCACAUCGAAGGCAGCCCUUUCGUGUUACAAGUUACA